AUGGCGUCCACCAAGGUCCAGCGUAUCAUGACCCAGCCCAUCAACCUCAUCUUCCGUUUCCUCCAGAGCAAAGCGCGCAUCCAGAUCUGGCUCUUCGAGCAGAAGGACCUCCGGAUUGAGGGUCGCAUCAUCGGAUUCGAUGAGUACAUGAACUUAGUCCUCGAUGAUGCUGAGGAAAUCAACGUCAAGAAAAACACUAGGAAAUCACUGGGCCGGAUACUCCUCAAAGGUGACAACAUAACUUUGAUGAUGAACACUGGCAAGUGA